GGACGAUGGCACCAUUACACUAUUCAGCCAGGUCGUCGACAUCAACAUGACGGCAUCUGCAGGAGUUGUGGAGCCUCGUAAGCCAUUGUCACAAGCAGAACUCAUUCUGGAAGACAUUGCAGCGGAGUAUGCCGCCAAGCGCGCCGCGGGGUUGGUCCCUAUGAAACCUGUGCCGGCACGCGCGUUGCUAUGGGAAGAGAUGGCGCGGCAAAAGAGUCGGUCGGGGUCUCGCAAAGGCUGCUUGUUUGGGCGAGACGACGCUGUCAAGUGUGGAUGCACAUCGUAUUGCCAGUCCUACACGGACAAGGGGUCGAUUUUGUGCGUGCAAUGCGGCCACGGUGCGCCGUGGCACAAGAUUGUCGGCGGCGAGCGCGUGCUGGACAUGGUGUCCAUCGUGGAAAGCAUGAACUUAGACGAGGACUACGACAGCCAAGUGGACAGUUUAUACAGCGAGUUUGGCUCGGAAAUGUCCGACGACGACGAAGACAUCAGCAACGAAGUCGCACGGCCGUACCACCUCCAUCCUAACAACUCGAGCUCGUUUGGGAUGUCGAGCUUUGGACGGCCGUCCGCGCUCAAGUCUGGAGGAGGUCGAACGAGCGACUUGAGUCGCUUGCUCAGCUUGGAAGGGUCUGGCCACGACGAAAUCGCCGACGCGCUGCUUCGUGGAAUGGCGCAGAGCAAUGGCAAGUCGUCGUCGUACUCGAAUGUGUCUCAGCUGUAGGGUUAUUGUUUGCCUAACAAGGUGUUGAUGGUUAUGUUGAUGGCACAA